CAACCGUUCAGCAAACGAAACGUUCCCUGAAAACGUCCCAAUCCUUCGAUGUAGAUAGAAGCUAAAAAGAAACGUUAAAUCUGGAGCAGUUCAAUGGAUUUCCGUACUAGUAAUGAAACCCAUCGUCUCAGAAAAACAACGCCAUAACCAGCUCGAUGGGUCUGAGGCGCCGGAAAACACAAAAGUCAAAUUCAACUUCAACAAAGACUCUAGUCCAAGGAAUAAGGUACCCGCUUUACCGCUAAUCUGGGACUCCUUGGAGUCAGAUACUGAGAGUCUGGUGCAAGAGAAGGAGUACCAGCGAGAGCUCCUGAUGCGCAUUGACCUGCUCUCUGCUGGGGAUGCUAAGACUGACAGUAAAGAACCAGAGCGUCUUGAUGUUUAUGAUGGUCUAGAUCUGAUAUCAAGACCCGUGGAAGGACCGCCUGGGCCACAGAGGCAAGCUCCUCCUGAAGAUGAAUAUGCCGACUUGCGCUACGAUCCAAACUGGAGGAAGAACCUGGAAGGGGCUCAUUUUCUCAACCAGCUAAAUGCGAAGCUUUCUCUCGACUCGUUCGAUGAGUCUGAAGAUAGUUUUGAACCUUUGGAGAAUGUGCCUCUAGGUAGCAGGCAAGAAUAUGUCGUUGUCAGCAAUCCGCCCACUGUUCAGAUGGACAGUGUUUUAUCCCCGCCACCUUCAUCUCCUUUCCACCUGCACCCACAACAGGAAGACAUUCUCGAUCCCCCCGAAUCAAAAAGUUCUUGCAUUUCCUCUGAAGGCACACCACGGGAUAAUGGAGAGCAUCUAAAUAUCAAACCAGUUCCCCCCAGGAAGAGAAAUUCAAGACAUUGUUCUAAUCCAAGGCCAGUUAGAGCUAGGGAAGAUAUUUUGAAACGUAACAAAGCGACUUUUGGUAUCAGCACACGCAAGCAGGGGUCUUACCUACAAGUUCACAAGCAGAAAGAUAAAAUAGAAGAAACACAGCAGCCCAGGAAAACCUCCUACGAGACUAUCAACACUCAUAGCCCGGAGAGUCAAGACAAUGUCUGGGAUCCCGAGCUGAUGUGGCUCCAAAAAACACAAAAACUGAAGAGCCAUAAGGAAAAAAAGGAACCAAAGAGAAGGGAACGAACCAGCAAGCUCCCAGAUCAGCUCAAACCUCCAGUUAAUGAAUCCAAACCCAAAGCGCACCUUAAACCCCUUACAGAGAGAGUCAUCAGUGCUGAUCCUCUACUGCAGGACCCUGAGGAAGCUUGCACCCAUGACCCACCACAACACCAUUCUGGGCGUCCAUCUCACAUUCAUGCUCAACCGUCCGUCAACCUUAGCAUAAACCUCCACACACCUGGCAAUCACACACAGCCGCUGAAUCUUUCCCAGAAAGAAACCAUUUUAACCAUAGUUUCUCAAGCGCUGCAAUGGGACAGGCCCGAUGUGUUUAUCCCACCCUUUUUACAACAAGGUUCCCCAUUUCACUCCUAUGUACCUCCCAAUUCAGUAGGGCAGAUGGAAUUGGCUUCAAAGGCAGUUAUAUCUUCACCAGCCCCCAAGUCUGGAGUGGUACAAGCAAUGGACAGAAGUGUUCCUCAGAUGCGUGCUGGGAAUCCUACUCCAAAUACAUUUGACAAGGCACGGUUCAAGAAUCAAAGUAGACUCAGGAUACCAAUGCUAAAAUUGCCCACGUCUCCUCAAGUGGAGGCCAGUCACUAUCCAUCUGAUCUUGUGCCCAGUGAUGAGGAGAGCGUGGGACCCUGUGCGCCCCCAACACAAAUCUCUGGUCCUUACACAGUGCUGCCCCCUAUAGCCCAAGUCAACGGUAGUGAAACUGAGCUCUGCUCAGACAGAUCAGAGGAGCAUCUUAAUCCAAUCCACAAAAGCAGCUCAGAAGGUUACCUUUCACAGAUGGAAAAACAGAGACAGCUAAAGGCACAAUCAAAUUAUAAGGCUUAUACACUGAAGGACUACAAAAACAUGAGACAGGAGGUGAAGCUUGGAGGCCUUGGACCAACCAACACAAUACCAGAAGCUGUGGCAGAGAAAAUUAGACGACAGAAGCUGUAUUCAAAUGUGAUCCGCGAACAGAACAAGAAGAUAAGUAGGAUUCCCUCUCCGUCGGCCAAGGACCCAGUGGGCAGUGACAACAAGGACACCGUUCCCAGGAGGAAGGCUUUAGAAUAUGCCAAAACCAUUGCAAAGCCCAAACCCCCUCCAAAGCCAAAGGAUAGACCCGGAGAGCGGAACGCGAGCAUUCGGCCUCAAUAUCCACAGGAAAUGGAGCCAUUCCAUCUGGCCACUCUGGAGAUGUUGAGACGGCACGAGGAAGAGAAACGUGCCGUGGCUCGCUUCGGAACCAUUCAUGCUAUUUAAUUCUAAAAAGCGCCACCACACAUGCAUGAGCCUGAUCAAUUGCGCUUCUAUAGAAUCCUUAUUUUAUACAUCAUUAUAACGUCGCAAAGUGAUGCAACAGGUGCGUGGGGCGUAAUCCGCGCGCGCUCGUCUCAAAAACAGUUUUCCGAUAUAAACAAUGAAAUGCUAUAGGGUUUUGUUGCUUGGCUUUGCAUUAUCCUGCUAUUUUCCCCUUGUUUCAAUAGGUCUGUGCACAAGAGACGCCAAUCUCUUCAAGCACACCUGGAUGCGCCGUUAACCCAGUGUAACGUGCCGUUUUCCGUCAGUUCCCGGCUAUUAGUCUGAUUAUAUCCACUUUCGCCUGCCCUUUUCUUUCAGCGAGAGAAAAAAAUAGGUCAAAUAAGGAUGACACUUUGAAGCCUCCCUUAUUAGAGCCCACAAACUUGUUUUCUGUAUUUUAAAGUGAUAAUUUUCCCCCUAAAACAAGCUCAAGCACCUAUUUCUUUAAUGGAAGCUUUAGAUCGUUAUCAAAGAGCUAUUUACUCCUAUGUAAUAUUUUAAUUAGAUUAUAGCCUCUAUUUAACCCAUCAUGUCUGCUUUGAUACUCUGUGUUUUCAGUGUUAAGCCUCAGAGGCGAGGCUAAUAAAUGCUGGACCUUUUGAAUUAAUGAGAAAUGCUGCCUUUCCA